CUAGUGAUAUUUAUAGCUUUUCUAUAAUUAUGUGGGAAUUUAUAUCUGGAAUUUCUCCAUUUGAUAAUGAAGCUCAUGAUUUUCAACUUAGCUUAGAUAUUUGCAAAGAUGUUGGAAUAUGGAUCCAUUAA